AUGCUUCAGUUCAUCAUGAUCUUGUGCAUCGCUGCGCACACAUUAGUCACGCGUGUCUUUUGCUUCUGGAUUUUCCGGAAAGAAAACAAGCCCGAGAGCCCAGAGCGGUUCGUCAUGUUGUUGCCUUGCUACAACGAGACACUGGGCGAGCUGACCAGAUCGCUGGAUUCUCUCAUCGCACAGAAGAAUAUCGACGACCAUCCCCGAACCAUUUUCAUCGUCGUCGAUGGCAAUGUCAAGGGUCCUGGCAUGGAAAAGACCACACAGCAGUAUCUCCUGGAGGACAUCCUUGAACCUGGCCCCUCCCGCACGUUUGAAAACGGCUACCGCGCGCGCGAUGGCCUGUUCAUGCCUACUAAAGUUCAGACGGGGUUCUACAAGGGAAUGCCGUAUGUCUUUGUCGGCAAACGCUACAACCAAGGAAAGCGCGACAGCUUGUGCUUUGCGCGUUCAUUCAUCUACCACUACCAAGUGCGAUCCGCCAACGUCAUGACAAUGUUCAACAAUGACCUCUUCGAGUAUAUUGGAAACGCAUUCAUGCAGCACGGUCUGGAGCACAUUGAGUAUCUGCGCAAGCGUUGGGCGCUGGGCUCCAUCACCAACGAAUUUGUCAUGAUCUUUCGCCCAGGCAUCAUUCUUGUGGAGCGUCUUCAGUCCAUCGUCGCAGUCUUGACGUGGUUCAUCACGCCCUUCAUCAUGGCAGCCGUUGUCAAGCUGAUCCUCAUAUUGAUCGAGCGGGGCGAUGAACUGGUCAAAGAUCCGGUUUUCAUGACGCUCAUUUCUAUUCUGGCUUGCCGCUAUUUCUACUCGCUCUGCAUUGGCUUCUGGCUCCCCCGCAACUGGUUCGAGAGGGCACAGUACUUUGUCGGGUACUUUUUCCACUUCAUCACCUCGCCCUUCUGCAACGUGGUUGUGCUCGUCUACUCACUCUUCAACUCGGACGACUUCAAGUGGGGCAAGACACGCGAGGUCAUCGAUCCGGAAGGCGAAAAGGGGGACGGCCUUGGUGGCCGUGGAACACAUUAA